UCCAUCAUGCACAAACGAAAUCCAUAUCGCCAACCACCGGACUUUACCCAGCUCGCUCAAGCAUACCCUCCGUUAAAAUCUUGCGUGAUCAAACAAGGAGCGAACGUCUCAAUUGACUUCAAAAACGAAGUCUCGCAAAGGCGUCUUACAGAGGCACUCUUACACCGUGACUUUGGCCUGAGUUUGGAGCUUCCCCCGAACCGUCUCUGUCCACCGGUACCCAAUAGGCUCAAUUAUGUGCUUUGGGUCGAAGACAUCGUGCAAGCUCACGAGCAUGGUCAAGUCUGUGGCUUAGAUAUAGGAACUGGCGCGUCCGUCAUAUACCCGCUCCUUGCCUGUAAGACGAACGCAGAUUGGUGUUUCAUCGCCACAGACAUUGACGCGCUAUCCCUCAGUGUCGCUCGACAAAACAUCACAGCCAAUAAUAUGCAAGAUCGUAUUCGACUUGUCGAAAGUACACUUGAAGGGCCGAUAUUUGGCCCACUCCUGCAUGACCCCACUCUAACAAUAACAUUCACCAUGUGCAAUCCACCUUUCUACAGCAGUCAUGCUGAUGUCCAAGUCUCGGCAGCGGCCAAAGAGUUCGAACCUUAUGCGGUUUGUACUGGCGCAGACGUCGAAAUGAUCACAGCUGGAGGGGAGUCUGCCUUCGUUCGGAAGAUGGUGGAGGAGAGCAUUCACAUUGGGACCCGAUGUCGAUGGUAUACCUCUAUGCUCGGGAAACUUUCGUCGCUUUCUCAAGUAGUUGAAGCUCUACGAUUACACUCCAUAGACAACUACGCUAUUACCGAAUUCGUGCAAGGAACCACGCGAAGAUGGGCCAUAGCGUGGUCUCUUGGUCCUCUGCGCCUUCCCGAUCCAUUAGCCCGAAUAUCGUCGCACCAAGUCCACGCGUUAAUACCUUCUCGCAACACACUUUAUCAGCCGUUUACCGGCAUACAAGAGGCGGAAAGGGUGAAAUGGAACCAUGUGUUGCACGCUGAAUUGGUGCGAGUCGACGGGACAACUGUCUCCGUUUAUGGUGAUGGAGCCUGUUUGGUGUCUGCUGCUAAAAACACUUGGUCCAGAAGCGCACGGAGGAAACAAAAGCAGAGUGACGACACUGAGAUGACGGAUGUGGACCCAGAACUUCGAUGUACUGUUCGUUGGCUAUUCGAGGAAAUGGGAACACGGUUGGAACACCAAUGGGUGGAAGGAAGAGAUCGACAACUCUUCGAGAGUUUUGCUGGUCAUGUCAAUAGGAAGGUGGUUGAGGCGAUAAGGUUGGGUAGCCAUUAG